UUUAUAUCUGAAGUUUCCAUCCGUGAUCAGAUGCGGCGAUGCCCUGCAUGCACUGAGCAUGGGAAGCAGCGUGCGGUCACAUGACCCAGAGAGGGCCAUGUGACCCAGUAAGCCCACAAGCAGCAAAGGCAGAAACCACAUGUUACAAAGGUUACCUGCUGGCGGGCCGUGGCUGAGUGAGCGCCGCGCCAAACAGAAGCACAUGAAGACAGAAUUUUUCCUUUUGUCGCCGAACGUCGCUUUUUUAUCAAAGAGACAGGCGGCCCCCACAACAGAGUCCGCGCCAUGAGAUGGAGGAGCAGACUGCUGCAGACGCUCACUGUCCUUCAGGCUGUCGGUCUCUUCCAAGGGAUCGGCACCCCACCCGAAAAGCAACAUGAUAAGCUCUCGAACGGCACGGAAGCGACCAACACAUCGGCCGCACCCCCGGUGGGUUAUACACCCAGACUGUCCAGCAACUACUCUGGGAUCCUGGAGGUGUUUCACCACGGAAACUGGACCACAGUGCAACUCUCCACCGAGGACACGAAGGCGGCAGCAAGGACAGUCUGCGGGGGGGUGUAUGAGGUCACCCGGGGCAGAGUGGCCCCCGACACCCUCUGUCUGAUAGGCUGCAGCUAUGGGAACGGCCAGCUGCUCUGCAAGGGGGGCUCGCUGAGUGUCUGCACCGAAGUGUCCAACAUCACCUGUUGGCACGCUGACGUCCGAUUGGUGGGAGGCUCGGACCACUGUGCAGGGCGGGUGGAGAUAUGGCAGAACGGGACCUGGGGCACCGUGUGUGACGACGGGUGGGAUGAGAAGGAUGCGCGGGUGGUCUGCGCGCAGCUGGGAUGCGGCGUUGCUGUGGAUGCGACGGGCGAGAGGGAGUCCUUUGGGCCAGGCAAGGGACGCAUCACCAUGGCUGAGGUCAAGUGUUCCGGAAACGAGACGCAGCUGCGUCAGUGCCCCUUCGAGACACACGAACAGUUCUGUGGCCAUAAAGAGGACGCAGGAGUCGUGUGCUCAGAAUCAAAGCAUCCCUAUUCGACUACGGCCAACAUGACACAGAUGCCCGACAGCCCCACCUUGACCACAGUUAUGGAGAGCACGGUCAUGACCACAAAAGCCCUGGCCAGACUGCCCCCCGCAGUGACCGGCUGCAUCGUUCUGACUCUCAUUCUCCUGAUGGUUCCAGCUGUGAACAUCGCGCUCUGCCGGUAUUAUAGGAAUGGGCACGUGUUUGCUAUCCUGAAGACAAACUCCGGCUUGCCAGCACCCAUACAGCAUGAAGAGCAUCAAAGAAACAGCAUCAUUCAGAUGAACGCCCCAGCCGACAGCCCCCCCAGCGGCGUGGUCAACGGGGGCGUGCCAAUCCCUAGGAGGCUGCAAGCCCAGGCCAGCGCUGACGCCUCGACGUCGGACAACUCAGAAUACGAACACUUUGAUUUCAGUCUGGAGCCUGCAGUUGCCAUGGCAUCCUAUAAGAACUCUGUACGUGGCGGAACUGUGCAAAGCAGUGCAGUGAUGCAAAAGCCAGCUUUUCACUGCCUUGAAGAACAGGCCAGCUGUCCCGAGAGCCCGAUCUCUCCUCCACAUCAACAAGCAGCGUACGAAGACAGCUCGAGUACAUCGUCUGGAGAGAGCUACAUCAACACCGAACAGAAAUGCGACACCAGAGCAAACGUGAACCUGCUUGACCACGAUUCCUCCAGCACGUCAUCUGGAGAAGAGUACAAGAACACCGGGCCUAACGCAGAGGAGCUACUCAAACAAGGCCAUGGUGACGUCUCGGCCCCUGAGAACUCGAUGAUGCCUCCCGUCAUCGACUCCCCAUGCCCUGCGGGCAGUGGUGACCCCGGAGACCGUGGUGACCCCAUCCCAGCAGCUCCGUGGAGUCCUGAGAAUUCUAGCACUUCCUCAGAGGAUGACUACCAGAAUGUGGGCUGGGAUAUAGCCCCCCUGCGAACAUCUGUGAGCCAGGACCCAGACUGCUCCUCUGACAGUGACUAUGAAAACGUCAUGGACGUGCCGUGAAAUGAUACCCUGAGACUGACAUUUGCAAACAAGCGACAUGAAAUCUGCCUGCAGCUCUGUUGACAAGACAGUCAGUACCGUGGUAAACAAGGGGCAGACAGACAACCACCCGCUGGUGCAAUACCUCAAGUGUUUACAAUAUCCCCCGACACAAGACAAUGUACACGUGCCGAAGGGUGUGUUUUACAUGAUUUAUUUGUUUGUUACACAUCAUUCUAGUCACAGAUCAUUCCUGCUGUGUAAAAAAAUAAGCAUUUGUGACAUUUCAUACCAGACACACAGAAGUGAGCAUGAACACAGCUACACUUUAGAACAUUCUAGAAAGCAAUACAAGUACUCCUAGUUCAAUAUUUUGGAAUCUUAACCUUCUAAUUUUCUUCGAGGCAUUCAAAGGUUUUAUAAAAUUAGCUUCCAAAUGUCA